UCAAACAGAAAAUGAAUCCAUUAUCUUCUUCCUCGAUCUGUUCGAUUGUUAUUAUUUCAAUUUUAGUUUCCAAUUCAGUGUUACUAUGUAUUGGAGGAAAGACUAGCAUCUAUGUCAGGAAAGCGGAGAAAAGCGUGGAGAUGCCCCUUCACAGUGACGUCUUUCAAGCUCCAUCCGGCUACAAUGCACCUCAACAGGUUCAUAUAACACAGGGCGACCAUAUCGGAAAGGCCGUGAUUGUUUCAUGGGUGACCCAGGAUGAACCCCGUUCGAAUACAGUGGUUUACUGGAGUGAGAACAGCAAAGAGAAGAAGAAGGCUAUGGGGAAAGUCUAUACGUAUAAGUUCUACAAUUACACCUCUGGUUACAUUCAUCACUGCACCAUCAGAAAUCUGGAGUAUGACACCAAGUAUUACUAUGUGGUUGGUGAUCGUAAUUCGAUGCGGAAAUUCUGGUUUACAACUCCUCCUGAAGUCGGCCCUGAUGUCCCUUACACGUUCGGUAUAAUGGGGGACCUUGGGCAGACUUAUGCUUCAAAUCUCACACUUACUCACUACGAAAAGAACCCGUUGAACGGUCAGGCGGUAUUGUUUGUUGGGGAUCUUUCAUACGCAGAUAACCAUCCGAAUCAUGAUAAUGUAAGGUGGGAUACGUGGGCAAGGUUUGUCGAGAGAAGUGUUGCAUAUCAACCGUGGAUAUGGACUGCUGGAAAUCACGAAAUCGACUUCGCCCCUGAAAUCGGAGAAACGAAGCCUUUUAAGCCUUACACUCAUCGAUAUCAUGUUCCAUAUCGAGCAUCACAAAGCACUGCUCCAUUUUGGUAUUCGAUCAAGCGAGCUUCAACUUAUAUCAUAGUGUUGUCUUCAUAUUCUGCCUAUGGUAAAUACACUCCUCAAAACCAAUGGCUUGAACAAGAGCUACCGAAAGUUAACCGGAGCGAAACACCGUGGUUAAUUGUUCUUAUGCAUUCCCCUUGGUACAAUAGCUACAGCUACCAUUACAUGGAAGGAGAAACCAUGAGAGUAAUGUACGAGCCAUGGUUUGUGGAGCACAAAGUUGAUAUCGUACUCUCUGGUCAUGUCCAUGCCUACGAACGAUCCGAACGCAUAUCAAACGUCGCAUACAAUAUCGUGAACGGUAUAUGCAGUCCCGUGAAGGAUCAAUCUGCACCUAUAUACAUAACUAUUGGCGAUGGAGGGAACAUUGAAGGCUUAGCAAACAACAUGACGGAGCCGCAACCGGAGUAUUCAGCGUAUCGAGAAGCCAGUUUCGGACAUGCCAUUUUCGACAUAAAGAACCGGACUCAUGCUCAUUAUAGUUGGCACCGUAACCAUGACGGAUAUGCCGUCGAAGCUGAUUCGAUGUGGUUUUUCAACAGAUUCUGGAAUCCAGUUGAUGAGUCUUCUCGAUGAAACUUUAGAAAAAUAUAUAACCAAUAAAAUUUUCCCUUUCCUACCCCCACUCCACAAUUUACCUUUCAGUUAUUUCCUGAUUUUGAUCUGUACCAUUGGAGGGUAUAGGAUGGAAUAGAUAAGUUCGAAUUUUGUAUGUUUACUCAA